CAGGAUAAAGCGCAGGACAGUUUUAUUGAUCACUUACACAUUUUUAAGAUUAACAUGUUUUUUUUUUUUUUUAAAUUACUUUAACAAUUCACACUAAGACAAAGAAAAACAUUAACAUGUUUCAGUUAUAACCUUGUUGCUUAUAAGUCUUGUUCUUAUUGUCAAAUGCAUUUUCACCGUCCCAGUUAAAGCUUCUGUGCAGUUACUUCAUGUAUUAAAAUGUCAUGUGAAUUGUACAUAUGCUAGCUCAAUAUCCCUACUAUGAACUAACCAGGACUUGAGACACCAAUUAUAAAUGGGACUGUGACAAACACUGGACUUGUCAUGUAGCUAUCCCCCCCAUCAUUGAAUUUAAUUACUACAUGAAAUGAUCCUUGAAUGACUACAUCUGUCUUACCCACACAGCAUACACAAAAGAGCAGGACACCGCAGGGAAUUGAACCCCGUCCCGACAAAGUCAGGAGUGCCACCACCGGAGUCUUUUGCUUUUUGUUGCUGUAUUAAGGGCAAAAGCAAAACCUGGAGGAACACAAACAGAAGUUUGUUCCUCCAGGAAAAGAAAACCCUAAACACCUGGCUGCUAUAUUAUCCUGUCACCACAUGGGAUUUCUCUUGGUCACGAGGCUGAAACUAGAAGAAAGAGACAACUGGUUUCCCAAUCCCCAGCAUUCCCCACAACGACACAGUAUUGGUGACUGAUUCCACGAGAUCCUUUCAUCCAUAUUAACAAAGCCACGAUACCAGCAUCCCUGGCGAUACUCAAAGCGGUUUUCCCUUUGCAAUACGUCAGGACUCGGACAGUGAAGGCUGUCUUGCCAAGAUUACAGCUGUAAUGGAAAAAAGACAGACAAUUUAAGCCUCCCCACCCCCCUCCCACAUAAACCCCACACUUAUACCAAGACGACAAAUUAUGUCAACAUGGUUUUCGUUUACCGCGACUGGCGUAGCAGCAUUUACCACAGCUAUUCUUCCGCAGUGAUGCUCAAUUCUUCAAAGUAUUUAAGAUUGUACCCUAGAGGCUGGCUGUACCAAGUCCUCCCAUGACUCCCUGCGGAGGUUUAAGUCGCCUGGCUCAGUAUCAAGUUAAGCUGAACGAGAAAUCUGAAAAGCAAAGAGACGAGUGUUGCCCCCCCCCCAAAAGAUCCCUGACCAAGUACUACUGCAAUGUUUGACAACGACUUCAUGAACAUUAUGUUGUGUAUUACAAAUACAAUGUUAUGCAGAGCUGAUGUGCAUGCAACAUGUUCAGUUACACAUUAAAGCCAUGGUAUGUUAAAGAAAAAUCAAGGGAACCGAAAUUACUUAACUUAGCACCCAUGAGACUGAAGUGAUGCAGUAUUAGCGAGACAAGCUUGCAGCUCUUGAUCUUAAUGUGACUGGAUUCUCAGUGUUCCAUCACAGGUUAGGCCGGUCCCAGAUGACAAAUUAAGACAAAUUUUUUUUUUUUGGGUAAUUUGACCUGAGAAACCACAGGGAAAAGAAAAAAGGCACACACAAAACACACAGAGCGGGGCUUCUGCGAAGGACGUCAGGGGUUCAGAUUUAAGCUCAAGCGCACAAGGGUUGGUACUUCAUUCAGGGGCCACACUCAUAUUCGCUGACAGCUUCCACAGAUGGCUUUGCAUUCAGAGGCAGGCGAGAUCGGAGCGGACAGACGAGCAUGAUCUGAAACAAAGAGUGAUCUACACAACACACCCACCACACAAUACUCAAAGAUUCGGGUUCUACUCAUCUUAUGGUUUAAGAUGCAAAGCAAUAGGGCCCCGUGGCCAAAGAGGAAUAUGCUAGUAAAGCAUUGCUGUUACUGAUGAUUUGAGGUUAACAUAAAGCCAGUUCCAAGAUGUCAUUUUGUCAACUACAACAUUGCAGUUUAUUUUGACAAGUUAAGCCAACAUCUUACUACAUGCUCCAGGUUAGGACUUCACCCGUGCUUGAACCAGUCUUGCACUCUGAUUUCUGUGAAGAGAAGUGAAGGGAUACGCCCAACCAAAACCAAUGCACAAUAUAAACUAAUGCAACACAUUUGCGUUGCAUUUCAGAUCAAAUUAAAGCUGCACCAUGCACAGCCUUCCUCAGCUACUUCAAUUUUGAAAUCUUCGCACAGUUGCACGAUUCUAAGUAAUUUCAUAUGACCAACCUGCCACCUGCACAGUUGCGCAUGGGCUAGCAGCUGAGGGCUAAUUGUUCCAAUCUAUAUACGUCAAACACAACCUGACUCCACUUGGUUGAUUUCAAAGGGCAGGAUGAUUCCUGUGUUGUCCUAGGUAGACUGCAUUCUUCCUUUGGACUGUUCUGAAAGAUCAAAGAGGCAGACAAGAAACACCCCUGUGCCCCCCCCUCACAGUAUCGUAGAACUGACUAUUGUUAUCCUUACCCAAAUGCUUUACUGCAGAUAUCAGAAUCAAUGAAGGUCCAUCAAAUCUUCCCGUUAUUACAAGAGAUGCUUGUUAAGCACAGUAGUGCCAUUUCUAUAGUCAAGUAUAGCAAGUUGCUGUCAUUUCAAGAACAAUGAGGGCAGAUGAGCCCAUUCAAGAGAAGUGACCCCUCUAGGGUUGAGAAUUUUCUGCUUUCCAACAUCAAUAUUUGAUGGAUUCAACUUAUCUGCCUUCAAUUUCCACUUUGAAAACGAUGUCAUUCGAGCCCAGGUCACAUCCGUGCUCUACAAAGCUCCAAGCUUUAGUCAUACCUGAAAAAGCACAAGAAAAGCUCCCCCACACAAGCCCCCAAAAAGAACAAAUGCAUACCAAAACUGUAUUCAAUCACAACCAGCUAUGCAUUUAUUAUGCAAUAAGAAAAUCCUUUACAGAUAGUUCACUCAUUGUAUUAUCAAUACAAGGCAUAGUAACUAAUUGCAAAGGAAUUGCAAUGGAGGCAUAGAGCCAGACAAUGAAUGUUAAGAGAAAUGUGACACAUUUAGUGACCUUACGUGAUGCUUGAUGCGCAAGGAAACUUGUACAUACAAUGAGUUAGGAGAGUUCCUGAUGGUCUCGGGUAUUGGAAAGCGCACAGGACACAGCACACUGAAAAAUGCAAAGGAAAAAGCCUCUCUCCCCACAGUACCCCAUCCAAAGCAGUACAUAACUACAAGACAAUCACUGGCAUUACAAUACUGCCUUAGUAAAGACAACUGUAUGACUAUGAAUACAAUUCACAAAAGAUUGAAUCUAUUUUCCAGAAGAAUCAUUUAAAUACCGCAAAACUGAACGCGAGGGACUUCUUCCUUAUGAACUGUAGAAGUGGACUUGAAUGUAGAUUUGAAGGGUGGGCCAUAUAACUUAAUCUGCAAGAGUCACAAAUACACAGCCCCCUCCCAACCCCACAAAGCAACUUGAAGCCUGUACAGAAUUAUAAUGACUUCUAGUAAAGAGACUUGUUACCACACUCCCUGGGAAAACAGAGCUUCUUGCUACAUCAGGAGACUAGUUUUGAGGUUGCUAUCCUGCGAGGGAAAGUGUCCACUUGAAUCUUGUUGGGUGCACCCCGAUGUUUCCUAUUCAAGCCAUUUUGCGUUGGGUAACAUGGAGCUGUGAAGUCUAGGAAGAGACUGAUUAACGCCCCACAACCCACCCUCCCAUUACCCAGAUGUGCACGAAACCCCAUUUACAAUACGUUCCAAAUGAUGUAGAAUGAACAAAUAAAAAUCUAAUGGAUUUAUUGAAUACCAAAUACCUUCCUACAUCUCUUUAAACCGCAGUGGAUGCACAUGAUCCCGAUCCAUAGCACUAUAGAAAAUAAGAUGAGCUCAGCUUGUACCGAGCGGCUAGCACAGGGGGGGUUCUUUCGAUGAUCAGCUUUAGGGGGCCAUGCCUGUGAAAAGAAGAACUCGAAACACGUUUUAAAUACCACCCCCCGCCCCAACCCAAAAAUCUUUACUAGCCAGGAUCAAUUACUAUUUCAACAAUUUUUCUUUUGAUUGCAAAAAUUACUGUAUACUAGACAGCAUAGGCAAUGAUGUACAGGAUAGUUACACCCACAUGUACAUUUCAUGCAUUAACUCACUGCUUGGGUAUAAGAGGUAGAUGUAGCUGAUCUGUACCACUGAGGUGCAGCUGACGCACUGAAGAGUUGCUGUAUACACACAUCAAAAUCGGCCGUACAGGAGACCAUCCACUCUCACACUCCAAUGCUGAAAACUUCUUUGGGGAAGACCUAGAACCCGAACAACAAAGGACUGCCUCUCCCUCCGGCUGGGUGAACUACUUCUGAUCGCAGGGGGUAGAGAAGUCCGAUAAGAUGUUCCUCUCGCCAGCACAAUACCAAGGCAUUCACCACAGCAGACCACCACACUCAUGUCAGCGCACAAGAGGAAGGGUGACCACAGUAUAAAACGAUUAACACGGCUUGCCUGAAAAAAGGAAGAGAGAGCUGUGCGAGAAAUUGUUCUACAAUAGUUGUUUCUAGAAAGUAGUUUAAAAGCUAAAUACCUGAGAAUGUUACAGAGAUACCUCUACCCAAUAUACAAACCAACGCCUUGCUUUAAACUUGUGAAGCUAGAAGACACUUGUGCUCCCUGUCCCACCCUCUCAUCACUGGCUGGCUUGCUCUGGAACUGAUGCAACUGCUUCAGCGAUGGCCACUCUGUGCUGCUACCCUGCCCUGCGCCUUUUGGCUUCCUCUGGUGUACACUCGCCGACAGCUGCUGCAGCUUCCUGCUCUCUUGGGCCCCCUCAGCUUUUCCCUCCAUGCCCUCUGGUCCUGUCCUGCCUGGAACCACUCUGGUCCUGCCACGCCCUCUGGUCCUGUCCUGCCUCGCUCCACUCUGGUCCUCCCCGUGGCCCAUGGCCCCGCUGGUCCUGCGAUCUUCCUCUAAUAUCUAAGUCCAUUCCUGCCCUCGAUAACUCAGUCCAUUUCCCCCCAGGGAGAAAAAAAAAAAUAAAAUAAAAAUCUUCUGUCUUCUCUAAGAAAUAAAAAAAAAGUUGAUAACUGAAAACAAAGUCCAUAUAGAAUCAUCUGAGCUUGUGGUUCCUUGAGCUACGGUAACAAGCUUUGACUUCUUCCAAGCUGCUUAAAAACUGCUGUUUUCUUCUGUUAUUUCUUUUGUCAAAGACAAUACUAUCAUCUUCAAAUAAAAAAAUAAAAAAUACCACUGAGGUGAAAUGUAAUGACUGAACCACUCAACUACAACUUGAAGAAAAUAUAUAUAUAUUAAAAAAAGUCUGCUUACUUGCAUUUUUAAAUGCUUGCCCAAACAAUGGCAUAGACUGAGGAGACUUGAUUGCUUCUUUGGUUUACAAAACACAACCUAGUUUCCUGUGUUGAAAAGGUAACCCUGAUGUUAUUCAGUUGGUUUAAGCAACUAAAUUUUAAAAUGAAUGUCUUACUUUGGGUCUAUUUAGUCUCAGACUGGCGUUUCUGUUCUAAAACGUUAUUAACAGAUACUUGACAUGAUGUAGCCUCUAUUUAAUAUAACACCAUAACUUGCAUGUUUCUCACAUUAUUGGAUUAACUAUUCAUAACUUCACUGCUCUCUGGCGGAAUCUUCGCAUGCUUACUAGUUUGCUCUUAAUUGACUUCGGUAACAUUAUGACCUUUCUAUUUUGAGAGACUGCUUUAUGACCACGUCAGUCGACUCUAGGCUUAACGUUAACCCUGCAUGGUCUCAUUUCACUGCCUUGUUAAUGUCAAAAUUACAAUCUAUUUUGUCAUUUAAGGCUUUUUCUUACACCUGCUGUUAUUAAAGAAUAACAAAAUAAAAUGCUUGCGGUCGAUCGGUGUAGCUUUGCGGACAUUGCUAGCCUCGCGGCUAGUGAAUUCCUGACCGCUCCCUUUCCAUCUCUGUCUAGUGACGUCACGCGUAAUUCAAAUCAACCAAUAGCCAACAUCAACAGAUAGCUACGUCACGGCUCCCAUCUUUGAGCCAACUACCGUUACGAACAUAAAAAACACCGAUUCGAUUCUUUAAAAAGACACAUAACGUAAACUAGUUAUGUUGAUACUCGAUUAAGUUAUUUUUUAAUUGCUAGGUUAACAAGAGGAACGUUAAAGGGUAACGUUCUGACUUCGUUGGCAUUAACAUUAGCCCACAUUUGGCUCGCUUACCCUGCCGUUAGCUCGAUAGCUAAGUAGUGUCGACAAAAAAAAAAAAUGAAGCUUUGGUUACGGAUCAAGGCUAAUUUUCGUUGACAUUUGCCGACUGAAACGCGUUAAACAAAAAGCUUGUUGCAAAAAGAAUUGCUGGAGACGAACGUCAAACGGUACAAUGAGUUUCUUGAUAUGGAAGCUAUUUGCGUUUGAGACAGGGCCUAAAGUUACUGCUCAUUGACCAUGAUCAAAACACUAAAUUCAGCCACUUAACAAAUAUCAAAGUAAGUAGAACAAAUCUACAUUCCGAACGAUCAAAUCUCGUAGUAUUAAAAGAAAAGGGAAAAAAAGAAGAAGAAUCUGUUUAACCUGGCCCGCCUCAAACCACGACGAAUUCGUAUCAAUGCAGUCUGAGUUGAAAUGGCGUCACUAGCGCAAUAUAUACUGUUUGGGUGAUUCGUCUAGGGCAAGAGGAGGUAUUCAUCCGAUGACAAAGUAGUCCCACUUUCACACAAAAAAGCUUACAAAAACUGAUUGGGGCUUUCGUGUCGAAGUCAAAACAGAAAAGUAAUACAUCAAUCAAUUUGGGGAAAUAAAUUAUAAAUAGGGCACUCUUUAACACAGUACUAAUACAGGAAGAGGUGCUCCUAUUCAAACUGGCUCAGACAAGACAAUGAAAUAAUUGUUUUGGUCAGAAACAGCAGUAGAUUAUUGUCUGGUCUGAAGUGACGGUCUCUGCAGCUGACAUCGACAGACAAGUUGCCCAGCAGAGAAAAAAACUAGAGCUGCAGAGCAGAGGAAACAACACUGAUCACCAUCGGUGCCCCUUGUAUAGUCAACCAUACCAGGACGACAUCCACAGCCUACCACCAGGGAAGAGACAGGUGAUGGAGAAGUUUUUUAAGCCUGUUCACAGCCCCUCUGGCCCGGACGAGAUCAAGCCACGGAAGCACCACCACCAUCAUCCCCUUCACCAUCACAGAGACCCUCAGUCACACAGGUAUUUAAUGUUUGAUGACACAGACAGAAAUUCAGAUGAAAGCCAUGGGCACCACCGUCACCAUCAGCACGGUCACUAUCUCCAUGACAGCGCUCAUCACGAUGCCCACCAUCGUCAAACACAACAGUUUCACCAUAGCGAAGAGGAUGAGAUACUUUACAACCAUGAAACACAUGUAACUCUCUCCAGGGCCUCUUCUUCUUCCCUGUCUUCCUCCUCUUCCUCCUCCUCUUUUUCCUCCUGGCACACAGAGGCAAGUGCAAAUGAUCCCUUCUCUCUUCGUCAUGCUGCACAGCCACAGCAUUCCCUGUCCUGCUCCAACAUCACAGAUGUGCGCAGAGGUUUCAGGGAAGAUGACAGCAGCAAGCCCAUUGUCUUUGCCAGCAUUAAACAUGGUGUAAAUGGCAGUGUUUGUGAGCUACAUGGGAGCUCACAAAAGAGGGGAAAUUGUGUUUUUUCUACUCUUGACCGAGGUCACAGCAGAAGUGACGAAGCCCUUCUGCAGGGUAAUGAAAGUGAUCUUGGAGGAGAACAAUCCAGGGUACCGCACAUGAACUAUGGACCUCUGUAUAAGACAGCUAGUUUGAACCGAAGCCUGGCUUUCAGUGAGGAGGACAUUCUGUUAGGGGUCUCCAGGGGCCCCAAGAGAUCAGUGUCCUCCAUUCAGCUACCCGGCAAAGGCAUCCUCAAAAACAAAGAGCCUCAUGCUGACAUUCGCAAGGCUAAGUCGAUGGAGGUGCUGUCCCCAAGAGUUUCCAAAGGACAAGAUCCCAGUGGACAGAAGGGGAAAGGGAUCACUCAAGUCGAGAUAGAGCAAGCCAGGACAAAUUUUGUGCAGGGAAAGCUGCAAUUCUCAGCCUUUCUAGAUGAGAUUACAAAACAGGUUAUAAGUCCCUCGGCUCUCACCAUCUUGGGUGUGAACAAUAAUAAAACUACUGAGAAGACACCUGCCCCAGCCCAAAAACCUGUCCCAGUCAAGCCUCAGCUCCCACCCAAGAAGCACAGAGAGAGCUCAGGAGAGAAGAGGGAGCAGCAUCCAAAGCAGCACAGCAGACAGGAGAAAGUAGCUCACAGUAGUUCUCGGAAACACUCGGACUGCUCCAAUCCUGACAAACUGAACUCCUAUGCAGCUAAGAACCACCACGGUAGCCCCCCGCUUCAUCACUACCCCCACUCUCCCAGCCAGAAUACUCACCAUGGAAGCAGCCGUAAAGACAGGAGGCCGUCGCCCACUGGGAGCUCCGUAUCGGGGGACAGAUAUGGUAGAUGUGGCCCUCACCUCACAGAUGGCACCAGCACCAGCCCUAGCCCUGAACCCAGCCAGCCCAAACAACGCCACCACUGCAAACAGCAGCCUACAGCCUCCCACAGUCAACAAACCCAGCACUUCCCUCAGCACCAGCCUCAACAGGCGCACCCUGGCCUUGGGCACAGAGGGCCCACCAGCUCCUCUCCAUCCUCAGCCCAGGGUGUAGAACCAGGUCUCAGAUCUGAAUCUUCAUCCACAAAAUCGGACUCACCCAGGGCCAGAGAGACCGCCUCCACAGCUACCAGUCACAGCUCGGAGCAGAGUGGUCGACACCAUUCGCAGCAUGUGGGGCAUUCUAAACAACGCAGGGACACACUGUGUGAUGCCGACCAUCUCCAGGCGCUGCAUGAGGAGAAUGCAGAUCUUCACCAGAACUUGUUGCAGACUGUGGUUUGCAUCGAGAGCCUGGAGGCGGAGUUGCAGAGGACCAGGGACGAGCUCAGUCAUGUCAAGGAGAAAUAUAAAAGCCUUCUAGAGACCCACACUGGGACCAAGCAGGCCAAUAACCUGCUGGGGGAACACCUGCAUAUAGCGUCAGAGAGCCUGAGCAGUGAGAGGAAGUACCUACUAAACCGUGUGUCCCAGCUGAGCUCAGAGUUGGAGGACGCCCACAGGACCAUGGCAGCCCUGGAGAACAUCAAUGUGCCAUGCUUGAUAAAGGAGUUAUUGGAGAAGCACUUUGAUUCGACUGAGGCCAUACAGAAGUUGCUGACGACCACUGCUCCAAUCAGCCAUUCUGCCACCUCUCCACAAGCAGACGGCCAAUCCCACGUUCCUAAAGUGGAAGAAGCAGCACAUGAUUGGUUGAUGAAAUCAGAGGCAGGUCCGCAGAGGGUCACAGCCUUCAUACCAUUUAAACAGGGGGUGCCAACAGCAGGAACUGAAGACAGUCUCUCAGGCCAGCACAAGUCCAGCCACAACCCACCUUUCUCUGUAGCUGACAUCAGCACUGCUAUCUAUAAGAAAAUGGCUGCCAGUUAUGCUGCCAGACCACAACCUCUCUAUCCCCAAAGCCAACAGCAGCCUCCCCUUGGCACUAACCACACUGACACCCCUCCAAACCUCCAGCAGGCCCAUGUGGGUGGUGACAGCUGGGGUGGGAAGGGAGGGGUGAAGGUAACACUUUUGGAGCAGGACGUUGUGGAUGUGACCUCCAUGUCAGCCCAGCAGAUCCUGGAUGAGUUCAUGCAGCAGCUGCAGACCCAUAAGGAGGCAGGUGGAGGAAAGGAGCAGCAGUACGGGCAGGAGUGGGUGGGAGGAGCAGAACAAACAGGCAAAGGGGCAGACUGAAAAUGUCAUUGAACAACAUGGCAGGAUCAAUGUAUAUUCUCAUCUUAUUGCAUUGAAAUAUGUAUUUAUUCAUAUAUGUCAUUGCUGUCAGAUGCAAACAUUGUAUCCCCAAAAUAGCAGUUCUGCUGAAGCUGAGACAAUCUGUUUUUUGGUUGUAUAUAAUGUACUUUUAGGUGCUUAAAGGACUUUAUAAAACAGAAUACUAAGAGGAAAAGGAAGGAAAUUCUUUGCAUGAUGUUGAAACAUAAAAAUUUCCAAAAUUGGAUGUACAAGAGUUUCGCACACACACAAAAAGAACCAUAUUGGGAAAGUAAUUCACACUCUUAACCUUGCAGUGAAUGCAUGAAAAACUAAAGACCAAUUAAAUGCCAAAAUAUUACAAAUAAAAUUUACAUGCAGUAAUAGAGACGAUAAAUAUAAUUAAACUAUUUCCAAGUAUGCUUUAUAAACAUAUUUCCAUUUAAGUGGUCAUUUUAACAAUUUGUUGUUUACUAUGUCUGUUCCUUUAACACUGUAAAUUCCUCCCAAAUAAAUAGUUUGUAUGCAGACGACAAAAAAUGUCAUCUGCAUACAGUCUCCAUUUUCACUGUUGAAUGAGAAUCAAAAUGGCCUCUGUGCUUAGAAAGGUGCCAGAUGAAAUGACAAAAAACUCAUCCAGAAUUGUCUGUUAAUAGACAUCAAGUUGAUGUCAAAAAUCACCUUUUAAAAAAGCCUUUUUAAGAUAAAUACUUUGUUUUUGAUAGAAGCAGUUCUUCAUUUCAGUAGUGAGCUCAAGAGCUACAGUUGACCCUUCAGACAUAUUAGUACAAUGAAAGACAAGGUUUUAGAAAGUAGGAGACAUCAAGGACCUCUGUUAAUAGUGCCCUCAAGAAUAACAGGUCUGAGGUAAGCAUAUAGUAUUGUUCAACAACUGUAGCCUCUUAUCAGGGUAGCUUUUUAAAAAUUGAGAUUUUAUGUGAGAUAGCUGUGCAAUCAAUUGACAUAAUUCAAUAAAUGACUAUUGAAUGACGAAGACUGAUAAAGCUACCUGAAGAAUGACGUUAACAACCUUUUCAAAUCCAGCACAGUGCUCAUUGUGCCCAUUUACCUCUUGAAGCAACGCAUCUGCUUUCACACACUUCAGUGAGUUCAUAAUGGUCAUCUUUCAACAAAAACCUGUUGUACCAUCAAUAUCAACAUCAAUGAAAAAGAUUGUAUUUCUACUUUUAUUAAUAAUAACUCAACUGGGCAGAAGAAGAACAGCUCUUGAACUGGAGGAAGCAGAUUGGUUACUGAUAUUCAGAACAGAUCAAGGAAAACUGCCCUUAAACUAAUAUGAAGUUGAAAUUUUUAAAAUGAUUUACUGAUUUAUUGUGAAAUAUAAUUUCAAAAGUUAGUAGAAAAUAUAAAAUGUGUUACUUUGUAUAAAUAUUUAUUGACUCCGUGUAUGUGUAUAUAUGAUAAAAUGUGGUGGCCCUUCUUUUCUGAAAUAUAAUGGGGUGGAUGUUUUAAGCUGAUGUAGUAAGCACAACAAAAAUGUGCAGUUAAGAGACAUGAAGAUGUAAUUAUGCGAAAGUAUUGUGUCAUUGUAGAUCGGAUAGAGUGCAGCAGCAACAUAUUAAUGUUAUUUUAAUCUGUAUAGUCCCCAUCUCUCAUCUGUGUUCACUUUACCCUCUGAAUUAUGCAAGUAUGAGUACAACUAGUCUACUUCAAUCCAACAUGUAAUUGUGUCAUUACAACUGUUCUACCAAUAAAAAUAAUCAU